CGGAAACAUGGUGCACUUAGCACUGAUGUGGAGCUGUAUUUUGAUAUUAUUCUUGAUACGGAAUCCUGUACAAUCUACUGCCGCAGCCAUCUCGGUACAACCAAUAAUUAAUCAACACAAUAUCGAAGAUAUAAUAGCCCAACCAUAUGCUGUGCAAUCUUAUGGAGAAGGCGAUCUGAUUGUAGCCGAAUCUAAGAAACACGAAGAAGAGGAAAAGGAAGAAAGCUACGAGUCAGAGUCCAGCGAAGAAAAAGAAAGUGAGCAUAAAGCUGAAAAAGGGGAAAAGAGCAAGAAACAUCACAAAGAAGAAGAGGAACAUGCUAAAGGGGAAAAAGGGCAUCACGAAAAAGAAGGCAAAAAGGGUGAAGAGGAGGAGGAACAUGGUCAUGAAGAGAAACAUAAAAAAGGUUCCGAACAUCACAAGAAACACAAGAAAGGAGAGAAGGGAGAAAAAGGUCACGAGUUCGAAGAUCAUGGUUCAUAUAAAAAAGGUCACUCCAUCAAAGGUAAACAUAAUGUUCACAAAUUAGACGAAGACAAAAAGGAGAAAAAAUACUAUGACGAAAAGCAUGCUGAAGGAGAAGAAGAAAAACACGGUAAAUUCGAAGAAGGUAAAAAGCACCAAAAAGGCAAUAAGUAUAAAAAAGCUGCUAAAAAGAAGUCCGAACAUGAAGAAAAAUACGGUAAAAAGGAUCAUGGUCACAAGGGCCAUAAAAAGAAAGGUCAUAAGGGCCACAAAAAGAAACACGAGGAAAAGAAAAAAUGGGGUAAUGAACAUGAAAGUGGUAAGAAGAAAGGUGAGGGCGAGAAGAAGAAAUGGAAAAAAUCGGAAAAGAAAAGUAGCGAAGGUGGAAGUGGAGGCCAUGAACAUGAAUGGUAA